AUGCCCUCGAUCCAUGACCGAAUCCGCGAGGACCUGCUCAACAAGGAGCGUGCCCUGUGGACUGCAUUGACGUCUGCCGACCCAGCACCCGCGGUUCAAAAGCUUUGUAACCCGGAAGCCAACCUGAUGUUCCCCCAGAUGCCAAUCCUGACGCUAGAAGACGAAGCCACAUUCAAGGACGCGCUGAAGCCGCCAUUCCACCGCUUCGAUGGCUACCAGCUGGAUGAAGUGCGAACAAUCAUCAUCGACCUCAUGGCGGGCGUUGUGACAUAUAAGCUGCGUGCGGUCCGGGGGAGAAGCGAGUACCAAGCGACCGGCUCGACAACUUGGAGUCAAGCAUCGGAUGGUGAGUGGCGGAUUGCCUGUCACCAAGAGACAUUAUUAUAG